UAAUAAUGGCGGUCACACUCACAGAGGCUCAGCUCGUACACGUUGUGCAGAAACUAAAGACAUCUCACAGAUGGAUCAAGGUUGCGGGGGAUAUAGAAGCCACUCUGGAACACCGUAUACGCGAUCAAGAGUUCCUAGUUGACAGGUGGCCGGAUUACAGAGCGAUGGUCGUCCAGGCGAAACAGAAUGAUAUAGAGUUGAAGUAUCUGCGGCCGAUUGUGGACCUUUACGCCACUGACGUCGACGCGUUGAGAGACCUGCUAGAGCAACUGGACUGGACCAAGGAAAAACGGUUUGAAUGUGUCGACAGUACCCUAACGCCAGUUUUGACAGAAGUAGCUCAACUUCACAGGACUCUCACAAGGGAGAUAUAUGACUGUGUCUACCUGAUUGUCACGCAAGAUACACUGAAGCUCCGGCCUGUUCCUGAGGGAUGUGUCAUGUCCAACCUGGAGGCCGAUCAUACUGCUCUGGUAGAUUCCACGUGGGACUUACGCAAUGGAGACUUGUCUAAGGAUUACAUUAGGCAUCUGAUAACCACACUUCCUUCCACCUGUUUAUACAAUCAGGAGGGGGAGGUGAUGGGAUACGCCCUUACCUAUCACUACGGGUGUCUGGGGGUACUGUACGUGCCCCAAAACCACAGAGGGAAGGGGUACGGAAAGGUCGCCAUGUCUCAUCUCGUUCAGAAGCAUCUGGAAAAGAGGAAGGAGGUGCUUGUCAUGAUACAGCGUGAAAAUAUACCAUCUAUAAAGAUGCACGAAGGUAUUGGAUUCCAGGUUAUUCCGGAUAUGAGAUAUGACUGGAUAUUUUGUGAAUAAUGCUAGACUUAUCAAUGGUCGUUUAACUGGAUAUAUACUACUACCCAGAUGCUGUCGGUUACCAUAUGUGCUUGGUGGACGGAAUAAAGUCAUAGCAAACAAAGUCAUGGAAAUCAAGUCAAAGGAAAAAUAACUAUUAUAAAACAUCCUGUUCUCCAGUUGUUUAUACUGUAUUUUAUAUAUUUCACUUUCAUCAUCAAUAAUAAAAACAUCCUGUUCUCAAGUUAUUUGCAAAAAAAUAAUUCAACAACAACUGUUAUAAAAACAUCGUGGUAUCUAUUUACUUUGUUGAUACUAUUUCACUUUCAAGUUAAAUAUUCCUUUCGGUGUGAUGCUGUAAGCAAUUGGAUCUAGUCAAAACAGGAGAA